CACACACACACACACAUAAAUCGUUUUCUCUCUUUCUCUCUCUUUCCUUUGAUAGCUUGUACAUAUUUGUUUUCUUAACUUUAAAGAAACAUAUAUACACCAGAAUCAGACAAAUUCAACAAACCAAAUCAGCAAGAAAGAAACAAAAAAAAUGGUUCCUCUUCCAAGUAACAUCAUUGAUAGCCAUGUGCAUUUCUGGCACCCAGACAAAAUUUUGAUCCCUUGGCAAAAGGGGUCCAUAUUUGAAUCCAAACCAAUGGACGGUAUGGCCUACAGUCAAGAUGUCAAAAGAGUCAGAGUGCAGACGGCAGUAUAUGUCGAAACGGAUGUGGAUCCCGUACACAGCUUAGUAGAGGCCGAUUGGAUUGCUCGAUAUGCAGAAACCCUAAACAACCAAAUAGAAGCAGCAACAGCAAAAGGAACAGAAACAGGAGUUGCAUUUGGUGGCAUUGGUGCAAUAGUGGCCUAUGCACCCGUCCACCAGGGAAAACAUGUAGUGGCCUAUCUUGAUCUCUUGACUCGUCUGGUCGGCCGCCGUCGGUUACGCGGUGUUCGUCACUUGAUCCAAGACCCUUUGCUUGACCCGGACCGCGUGCGGUGCCCGGAUUUUAUCGACGGUGUCCGGAGCCUUGCGUCUUUUGGACUUUCAUUUGACCUCAACAUCAACUGCAACCACUCACCCCAGCAGUUUCCGCCUAUCAUCACACUCGUCCAGAAAUGCCCAGACGUAAGAUUUGUUUUGGACCACAUGGCAAAACCGCCUUGCGACAGUAAGCCGGGACAAGACCGAUUCGAGUUCUGGCGCUCACAGAUGUUGCUGCUCGGAAAGCAACCCAAUGUGGUCUGCAAAGUGUCAGGAUUGGUUACUGAGACCCAGACCGAGUCCUGGACGGUUGAACAGCUGGGCCCGUUUGUGGAGACAGCGAAAGAGGCAUUUGGUGUGGACCGGAUCUUGUUUGGUGGUGAUUGGCCAGUGUGCAACAUGGCUGUCAAAUGGCAGACCUGGAUUGAGCUGUUAUCUAUCAUAAUCCAGGACUGGCCAGACCAAGAUAAACACAAGCUAUUUGUUACAAAUGCGGCAAAAACAUACCAACUCAGUUCUUGUAAAACAGUAGAUUGAUGUGCGUACAUACGUAUGUACUUAAAUACCUUGCCUUACUUGCUUACACACGCCCUUGUUUUUAAAUAUAUAAAUCUGUAUUUUAAAUUGAAUUUGUACCUAUUAUAUGUAUAUAUAUAUAUAUAUAUAUGUAGGUAUGUAUGUAUGUGUAGAUAGAUAGAUAGAUAGAUAGAUACAUGUAUGCAUGCAUCUGUAUGUAUGCUUAUUUAUUUAUAUUUAUACUAUUUAGAUUAUUUAUAUUAUUUAAUUUUCUACAAGUAAUAUAUAAACCACCUUGAAUCCCCCCUCCUCCUCCUUCCCUUGUUCCUAUCAUCUUUCUUUCCAUUACACACCAAAUCACAUAAAAGCUUAAAUACAUAUAUCAUUGUUACUUUACUUCUUUACAUUCAAAAAUCCUAAUCGUACAUCAUGACUACAGUCGAUUCCGGUCUUACUUACCAACGAAAGUUGCCAGAUUAUCCCGUCUCCCCUCUCACACCUUCGCCAUCUUACCAUUCAUUUGCUUCUCUCAGGGCAAGAGAGGCUCGUCGGGUAUCAUCCGAUGACGCAAAGCCUGUUGUAAAGCACUAUGGAACCAUGACAAGAAUCAUAGUAGACCAACAGGAUCGUAAAGAAGACAUCACACCAGCUACUCCGACCCAUACUACCAUCAGCCCCAAUGACGACGACGAAGGACUCUAUCUGCUGUGGACCCAUCAAUUGCUGCGCGAGCAUGGAUUCAAACCCUCUUCUUGCCGGACAUCGACACUACAGGGCGAUGAUGAUACUCGCUCAGGCAACAACGAUGACGAUGAUGAUGACAUUGCCAGUGAUGACAGUAGUGUGACCAACCAUUCAUUGGAUCUUGCGGCUUCUUUUCAGGACCCCAACGUACUCACUCCGCCAAAGUAUGGCGUGGGUAGGUCAAUUGAGCCGUCUAUUGCACCAUCAUCUUCCAAUAUGAUCCUCAACAAUAGUCCUGAGUCGGUCUCUGGCUUUACUCCCAAGCGUUCGUUCCUUUCAAAAGUCUUGCCCUGUUUCUUUUAAGACAUGUAUAUUUAUAUACAUAUACAUACAUACAUACAUGCAUACAUACAUAUACACACACACACACACACAUCUCAUUAUUAUAUAUUCUUCUUGUCGUAAAUAACCCUCUCUUUUAUAUUUUCUACAAUUACUUUCUUUUCUUUCUAUUAUACAUUUUGGCAGUACAAACCAUCAAUUUAAUAAUAUACAAAUGUAUAUACACAUC